GACUUCAUGGAUUACUACUAGGUACAUUAAUACAUCAAUCAAUUCUAUGCACAUAUAACUUUCUACUUUGAAAUCCUUCUUUUCAACUUCUUGUCGAUAGAGAUAGAAUUAAUACACACGACUAACGUUCCUAUGGCUUUCACCAGCGCCAGCCCCUCGGAGCAUACACCUCUUCUCGACCAACAAACUCUCAGUCCUACAAAUACCUCCAAGAAAGCUCCAAGGAAUGUUACCUUCAAUGACAAUCCAACUGUUAGGACAAUUGGCUUGAAUGAACCUUCACAAUCACUCAGGACAAUCGAUUCCAAUGAAUAUACACAGUCGCCUAGAACAAUAGCCCCAUCACCACCUUCUCUCAAUAGCAAACUUCGACGUCGAAACAGUCAUGGAUCCCCUCAAGUGCCAAUGCACCCGGCAUCAAAGAUAGGCCCUCAAAGAGCUAGUAAGAUCACACAGAAACUCAAGUAUCUGCCAGAUUUGGAGGUUGGCUCGGAUGGACCUGACGAAGAGAGCGGGCGAGACGUUUAUUCUCAAUUUACACGCAUCAAAGAUCCAACGGCGCGUAGAGAUGCUGCAAGGCUGGGGAAGGCCGAUCGCGCUCGAUUGCCUCGUGUUACCGCAUACUGUACUGCUAACAAAUAUCAAUUGGAAAAUGUGAUGCGCUUCCUAAAUGGUCGGGGCAAGAAGACGAAGGGAGCAAACCCAAAAUUGUUCGAUGAAUGUAUAUACACACCAUUUAGAUACGGCAAAGACCAUGGGAAGACGCCUUCGGAUAGGGACAUGGAGGUACAUAGUGCGCCGGUAAAGUUGACGGAGCGAAGACAUUCGGAUAGUGUUAUUGAGGUGGAAGACAACAACAAACAACGUCGAGAAGACCUUAUAGACCUACAUACCAAUGGCGGCGAUGUUGCUAUUAGCAAUGGCGACCACUCUCCCGCUAACAACAUUCUCCCAGAAAUCAUGGAGCGACAAAUAGAGAACGAGACCGAAGCUCUUAUAUCGGAAAGCAACCCCGACUUUGAUACUCGAAUUCAUACGCCCGAAGUGUUCCUAUUCGGCUAUGGAGUUGUGGUAAUAUGGGGUAUGUCUAAAGAGGACGAGCAGAGGUUCCUGAAGGACAUAGCGAGGUUCGAGAGCGGCAAAUUCGCAGCUAAUGAUGUGGAAAUGGAGUCUUUCAACUUCUACUACACUGUAGAGUAUCAAGCUAGGAUUUACAACGAUUUUAUCACAUUGAAGGACAAGAGAAAUUAUAUGACCAAACUAGCGAUUUCCCACGGCUUGGCGCAAAGUGUUAAGACCUCACUUUUUGAAUCUUUAGUAGACAGCACCAUCGACGAAAACAAAGACAUUCCUACCCAAAUCGCGCUCACGGGAGCUAUUGAUCUCCCACGAAAAAGAAUCAAUAUGCAAAUCGGCGAGCUCUUCAUCCUCCGCAUAAAUAUCCAUCUUAAUGGUUCAAUCCUAGAUACGCCUGAGUUGUUUUGGUCAGAACCGCAACUGGAACCAAUUUACCAAGCUGUGAGAAGUUACCUAGAAAUGGAUCAGAGGGUAAAGCUGCUGAAUGAGAGACUGGAUGUCAUUGCGGACUUGUUGGCAGUUCUAAAGGAUCAACUCAGUCACAGACAUGGUGAGAAGCUAGAGUGGGUUGUCAUCGUUCUGAUCGCUGUGGAAAUUCUAGUUGCAGUUCUUAAUAUUGUCGUCGAUUUGUCAGUCGGCGAAUAAUUCACAGAACUACGUACUCGCUCUCUCAACCACUUGGCUAUGAAGAGAUUUGAUUUGAUAUUUGGAUUAUUCAAGUGUUCAAAAUCGCUUCUAUGUUCCAGGGCAUCUGAAUUCCAAGAAAUCUUCAUUGUUGGACUUCAAUGAAGUUAUCAUUUAACCAACAUUUCAAGCUAGAAAAGAGACAAAGAAAAUUGCCAUAGCAUACAAAAUCAUCACACGAACAUCCUACUGGACAUUAACAUAAUCGCCGCCCACCAUUCCAAUUCCUUUUACUAUUGGUAUGGCAUUCGAAACAUUUGUACACAAGAUCUGAUUCCAGGGGAACGCAGGCGUUUUUUUUUUUUUUUUCUUUCUUAUUUUCUAUUCGUUUCUUUGGGGCAGAACUUACAAGCCUGUACAUAAUAAUUACAUCACAUAGUACUUGAAGGCCUAUGUGCGUGCAUGCAUGGCGUGGAGCGAAACGGGCGUUUUGGUAUUUGGAUAGAUGGGGAAUUUGUAUUUCGUAGGAAAGGGUAGCUUAUGGGGGGGACUUGUAUAUUUAGAUAGCGUCAUAUGUAAGAAUGGAAAGGACCAAGUGAAUAAAUUUGGA